AUGGUUGUUGGAUCCACUUCUUAUCCAGGGAGGCAAGUGCUUCACAAAAUGCAGCCAAUGGGUAUGACACCUAGGGAGCUGUCCGAAUACGAUGACUUGGCGACCGCGCUUAUAGUGGAUCCCUACCUAGGCUUUUCAACCCAUAAAAUGAAUAUUCGAUACAGGCCACUAAAAACAAAUAAGGAAGAAUUGAAGAAGAUAAUUAAAGAGUUUAUUCAAACCCAAGAUUAUAAUAAAGCUUAUUCAAAGUUAGCUAAUGGAGAUUGGAUGCCAAGGCAUUUUAGUAAAAAUAAACAUCAACAAAAUAAACUAAGAGAACAUAUAUACCGUUAUCUUCGAGUAUUUGACAAAAAAGCAGGCUUUGUUAUUGAACCGUGUUAUAGAUAUUCUAUGGAAGGCCGCGUUGGAGCAAAAAUAUCAACAACAAAAAAGUUUUACAAACAUGAAAGGAUAGAUUUUUUAGUGGGAUGUAUUGCUGAGAUGACAGAGGAAGAAGAAAAGCAACUUUUGCAUCCAGGAAAGAAUGAUUUUUCAGUUAUGUAUAGCUGUAGGAAAAAUUGUGCCCAGUUAUGGCUUGGCCCAGCUGCUUAUAUAAAUCAUGAUUGUAGACCAACUUGCACAUUUGAAGCUACUGAUAGAGGCAAAGCAUUUGUUAGAGUAUUAAGGGAUAUAGAUGUUGGAGAAGAGAUUACUUGUUUCUAUGGUGAAGAUUUUUUUGGAAAUGGCAAUUGUUAUUGUGAAUGUGAAACAUGUGAGAGACGAGGUAAAGGAGCUUUUUCCGUUCAAAGUUCACACGAAGAUGAUCAAGGUACGCGAUAUAGAUUUAGAGAAACAGAUAAUAGAAUUAAUAGAACAAAGGCUAAAUUAAUACAGAAACCUGUUAAUGGCAAAAGUAAUGACAAAUCUCGAAUAGCAAAUCGGCAGGUUCCUAAUAUAGUCUCUCCUCUUAGUAUGAAAGAGAUGAAGCAAAAGGGUUUAACAAAGUAUGAUGCUGAGCUUUUAAUUGCACAGGGAUGCAUAGCUGAUGUAGUUGAUGGAUCAGAUCAGAAAGAAACCCAAGGCAGUAGGGAAUCAUCUGUUUCUAGUAGAAGUGAGAGAUUGCGACGGCGCAGGGAUAGCGGUCGAACUAUGAAUGGUACAACAGCUCAAACUGCCAGUUCCCAAAAUCAAACAGAAUACUCAAGAUGCUGUAGUAUAACAAGUUCACGAAGUAGUAAUGAUUCGCACUCUGGUAUUGUAUUAAGAAGUCAUAAACGUCUAAUGGAUACCUCAACCUCACAACCAACUUGUUCUAAAACUAGAAACAAUUCAAAAAGUAGUUCAGAAGCUAAGUUGGCUAGGAAUCAUAUGGCCCCUAAAACAGAACCUAAUCUUCCGACAUUGGAAGAAAAUAAACAUAUUAAAGUGGAGCCUCCAGACCAAACAUAUAACACUUUGACAGAAUCUAGACCUUUUGAUAUAAAAAGUGAAUGUGAUACCAUGGAAUCUCCACCACUACAAAUAGAAACAUCAAUUCCAGUGAAAAUAGAAACAGUUGAAGUAAGUGUAACUCCAAUAGAAGAUAAUACAUGCAUGAAUGUUGCAGAACAUAUUAAAACUGAAACUGAGAAGUGUGAUUUAAUAGAAAAUGUAAAACCUAGUGAACCUAAUGAUAAUAAUAACAAACAACAACUCGAAGGUAAUUCAAAUAGGACUGAAGAGAGUAAAAAACAAGCAGAGUCUGGUCCCCCGUUGGUUGCAGAGAAUACAAGCAAGAGCAGUGAAUGCCCAUGCACUCCUCCACGUAGGGGCUUGAAGUUAACAUUGCGGGUAAAACGAAGUCCAGUUGUUGAAGAAGUUAUGGAUUGUAGGAGUACAAGUGAACCGCCUGAGUAUGAAGUAUUACGCUUAGAAGGUGUAGACCCCGAGACAGCACGUCGUAUCAAAAAGCGCCGACGUUCAAAAGAGAGGCAUCGUAAACAUAGUCCUAUCCGUCCUCUGCCUCCAAUGAAACGCUUACGGUUAAUUUUCGGAAACGAGAGUCGAACUAUUGACUUACCUCCAGCCAUAACGGCAGACUGA